CGGCGGUGCGCGGGCCACCGGCCAUGAGGCUGUUUAGACGCCUUAUUCUCGCCGGUCUCCUUCGCUCAACCUCCACCACUUCCGCCGUUUCCCCAAAGCCAGUGAAUGUCUGUAACGGAGAAAGAUUUCUCUCAAGUUCGUGUUAUUGUGACAGCACUAGACAUCAGACUUCUGGAGGAGCAGGCUCAACUGCUAAGGAGAUGCUAGAUCCCUUUGCUCUGAUUAAGGACGAAGUCUCUGAAAUCACGUAUAGAUUGCGUUCAAUGGUGGUAUCUGAGGUACCUGAAUUGACAUCAGCAGCUGGAUACUUCUUCAGAGCUGGAGCUGAAGGGAAAAGAACAUGUCCUACUGUUCUACUAUUGAUGGCCUCAGCUCUAAGAACAGACACUCCUGAAUCUAUUAUUGGUUCAAAGAACGAGCUUUGUGCAAGACACAUGCGGGUUGCUGAGAUAACAGAAAUGAUCCAUGUAGCAAGCCUUAUCCAUGAUGAUGUUCUGGAUGUUGCUGAUACUAGACGAGGUAUGGACUCCCUGAACUCUGCAGUGGGAAACAAGCUUGCGGUGUUGGCUGGUGAUUUUCUACUUUUCAGGGCAUUUUCUGCUGCCGGGUCUCUUGACAAUACGGAGGUUGUAUCGUUACUAGCAACAGCUCUAAAUAACCUUGUGACUGGUGAGCUCAUGCAGAUGACCAUAACUCCAGCACAACGCUGCAGAAUGGAUUACUAUUUGCAGAAGACAUACUACAAGACAGCGGCGUUGAUUUCAAAUAGCUGCAAAGCCGUUGCGGUUCUUGCUGGCCAAACAGCAGAGGUUGCGGGUCUUGCAUAUCAGUAUGGCAGGCACUUGGGUAUAGCAUAUCAGCUGAUUGAUGACAUCCUUGAUUUCACGGGCACAUCCGCGUCACUAGGCAAAGGCUCAUUGUCUGAUAUCCAUCAAGGAAUCGUGACAGCUCCUGUACUGUUUGCAAUGGAAGAGUUCCCCGAACUGCAUGCAAUUGUAGAGCGUGGAUUUGAUGACCCUUCAGACGUCGCUACUGUCAGUAUCAAAACUCCUUUUUUUUCCUUUUUAGUAAUAUGA